CGGAAGAGCCCGGCGCUGGCCCCGAAGACCGCCGGCCCUCAUCGGCCACGCGCGGCGGCCCGGGCGCGCCGCCGGCCUCGAGUCUGGAACCCGGCACCGGGCGGGGUCUGCACUUCCGGCCCCACCCACUCGAGGCCUCGCCUCGCGGGAGCCCGACCCGAGGGUAUCUGACACACCCCCUCCCGGCCGGUUGUCCACCCCCGCCCAUCCUUCGCUCAGUCCACGGGAUUUUCCCCCUUGCUGUUUCCGACAUUGCGCUAAAAGAGAUGCACCCUGGAAAACCACAUCGCGGAGACACUUCUUGUUUGGAGAAGAGGCCGAGUUUGGGGACCUUGGUACACAGGCACCUGUUCAAGGGCCUAGGAUAGAUUAGAUUAAUCAGCCUGGAGUACCCUGUUCUCCUGACACUGCCGUUUUUCCUGUCUACCUUCCCGCACUUCCACAACUGUUAAGCAGGUGGCUCUCGGAGGUUUGGUCUGUUUGAGUCUACUUUGAGCUAGACGUGAGGUUGAGCCCUGGGUUGGAGCAUGGCUGCAUCCCUGGACCCUCACAUCGACGCGCCCCUGGAGGUUGAGGGAUGCCUAAUAAUGAAGGUGGAAAAGGCCCCCGAGUGGGCAUCGGAGCCCAUUCUGGAAGGAUCGGAUAGCUCUGAGUCUGAGACCUUUCGCAGAUGCUUCAGGCAGUUCUGUUAUACGGAUGUGACCGGACCCCAUGAAGCUUUCAGUAAACUCUGGGAACUUUGCUGCCGGUGGCUGAAGCCAGAAAUGCGUUCCAAGGAGCAGAUCCUUGAGCUGCUGGUGAUCGAGCAGUUUCUCACCAUUUUACCCCAGAAGAUUCAGGCGUGGGCACAGAAGCAGUGUCCGGAAAGUGGAGAAGAGGCGGUGGCCCUGGUAAUACAUUUGGAGAAAGAGACUGGAAGACUGAGACAGCAGGUUAACAGUCCUGUGCAUUCAGAGAAGCAAGCCCCACUCGGAGCAGCAUGGGAGGUAGCAGACUUUCAGCCAGAGCAGGUGGAGACCCAGCCCAGAGUGGUGUCUCAAGAGGAAGCUAGAAGCCUCCACUCAGGACACCAGGAGCAACUGAACCAAAAGAGAGAGCAUCGACCCUUACCCAGGAAUGCUCGGCCUUCUCCCUCGGUUCCUGCCCCUGCUGAUGAAUGGAAUACUAUAGAUCAGGAAGUAACAACCACAUGUCUUCCUGUUGGGUCCCAGGGACCAGUGAAAGAUGUCCACAUGACGAGAGGUUUUCCCUACAAAAAGAGUGUGCAUCAGAUUCCUGCUCACAGAGACCUCUACUGGGAUAUUAGGAAGGAGAAUGUUGGGAACAUGGUCUCCCUGGGAAGUACAGUGUCUACAUCUAACAAGAUAGCCCAGUUGGAGCAAAGAAAGGAGCCAUGGACCAUAGGUCUACAUUCCUCUAAUAAAAGGAAUAUUCUACGAAACAACUAUGUCAAGGAAAAGUCAGUUCAUGCUAUUCAGAUCCCUGUAAGGAAUGCAGGGAAAACGUGGAGAGAGCAGCAACAGUGGGGUUUAGAAGAUGAAAAAAUAGCAGGCGUGCAUUGGAGCUAUGAGGAAACUAAGACUUUUCUUGCAAUUCUCAAAGAGUCUCGCUUUUAUGAAACUCUUCAGGCUUGUCCCCGAAAUAGCCAGGUAUAUGGUGCUGUAGCUGAAUGGUUACGAGAAUGUGGCUUCCUCCGAACACCAGAACAGUGUCGGACCAAGUUCAAAAGUCUCCAGAAGAGCUAUCGAAAAGUGAGAAAUGGCCACGUGCUAGAACCCUGUGCCUUCUUUGAGGACAUGGACGCUUUGUUGAACCCUGCAGCCUAUGCUUCAUCCACUGAUAAGACAAGGGACAUUAUAUCUCUCCCCAGACUAAAGAGAAUUGGUCUCAGUGCUAAAGAACAGAUCAGUUUGGUGGAGGAGGAAGAAGCAGCAGAAGAAUCUGAUGGUGGUGAAAUGGGCGUUGAAUUUAUCCGGAAGUCUGAGAUUCGUGGUGCCCCUGUCUUGUUUCAAAACCUGAGUGGAGUGCACUGGGGCUACGAGGAAACCAAGACUUUUCUUGAUAUCCUCCGUGAGACUCGGUUUUAUGAAGCACUUCAAGCCUGUCAUCGGAAGAGCAAGUUGUAUGGGGCUGUGGCUGAACAACUGCGAGAGUGUGGCUUCCUGCGGACACCAGAGCAGUGCCGGACCAAGUUCAAAAGCCUUCAGAAGAGUUACCGCAAAGUGAAAAAUGGUCACGUGCUAGAGUCCUGCGCGUUCUACAAGGAGAUGGAUGCCCUGAUUAACUUCCGGGCAUCUGCCCCUUCCACCAACACCCCAGAAGAAGUCCUGUUACCCUCAAGGCAAGAAAGAGAGGAUAUUGAGAUUGAACCCCAGGAACCUACAGACUGGGAACCUGAGGAGACCUCACAGGAGGCAAUAUUAGAAGACUCUGGCAGUGAGAGAAUGAGUGAGGAGGAAAUUUUACAAGAGCCAGAAUUCCAGGGACCUCCAGAUCUGCUGCAAAGCCCAAGUGGUUUUGAAAUUGGAGGUAGUAUCAAGGAGGAUGCGACACAGGUAAUAUAUAAAGACACGGAGCAGCAUAGGGUGUUAAUAGAAAAGUCUAAAAGGGUAGUUUCCCAGAAUACUGAUCCGGGUAAAUAUCAUAAAAGGGAAUGCAUCUCAGGAAGACAAUGGGAAAGCCUUCAAGGAAUCAGACAGGGAAAGCUGAUGUCUCAGCCUAGAGAUUUAGGGAAAGUUGUAGUACAUCAGAGGCCUUUCAUGGGGAAGAGACCCUAUAGGCUUCUCAAAUACGGAGAAAGCUUUGGAAAGAGUGCUCGUCUUAUGUGCCGGAUGACCCAUCAGAAGGAAAAUCCUUAUAAGUGUGGUGUCUGUGGGAAGGGCUUUGGUAGAAGCAGGAGCCUAAUCAGACACCAAAGAAUCCACACAGGAGAAAAACCUUUUAAAUGUCUUGACUGUGGGAAAAGCUUUAAUGACUCCUCAAACUUUGGUGCCCACCAGAGAAUCCACACAGGGGAGAAGCCCUACAGAUGUGGAGAGUGUGGAAAAUGCUUUAGUCAGAGCUCAAGUCUUAUUAUACACCAGAGAACCCACACUGGAGAGAAGCCCUAUCAGUGUGGAGAGUGUGGGAAAAGCUUUACCAACAGUUCUCAUUUCAGUGCCCACCGGAGAGUCCACACUGGCGAGAAUCCUUACAAAUGUCUAGAUUGUGAAAAGAGUUUCAAUAACUGUACAAGACUUCGAGAACAUCGGAGAAUACACACUGGAGAGAAGCCCUACGGAUGUGCCCUGUGUGGCAAACGUUUCAGUAAGAGUUCUGUUCUCACCAAACAUCGGGAAGUCCAUACGAGAGAAAAGUUUCUGCCACCUCCUCCCUUGAUAUAUUCCCCGGAGAACCCACAUAAGGGGAAGACUGAUGAAUUCAGGAAAACUUUUUGAUGAUGAUCUCUUCUCUUCCUAAAUGUCCCUUUAGCCAUUUUACCCUAAUCUCACUCUUGGAAGCAGUCUUUUCUUAGCUAUAAAGUGUAAUUCCCAAGAUAACUUGAGAAUAUAAUAAACUAAAGACUUGGACCCUGUUCUCACCUCUUCCUCUAACUUGAUCAGUCUAUUCCUUCUAUGUGUCUCAACUUCUUUAAUAAAGUGGAGAAGAUAAUAGUGUCUGAGUUCAGAAUGAAAUUCUCUUCAGUAUGUUGAGGCCGCUGCUGUCAGAUUACUAAGUCCAGCAACAUUCAAGAUCCUUCAGUGUAGGCAAGAGUUGUUUUCAAGGAGAUAAAAAAAUGCUGAAAUUUUUUUUCACUCUCUACCACAUGAGAUCCUAGAUUGAACUUGAUCACCGAGUUUCAUGUUUGGGUAGAACUUUCAGGAGUCUGAUCAGAACCACAUCAAAUCCAUCUUGGUUUUGAAGAUACUCACAAAAGGAGAUUGAAGAUUUUAUAGCUUCCUUCAGAGGUCUGUUGCAGUGUACCUUUUUUGUGUAAAGAAGUUGAUCCAAAUAGCUAGAGUCAAAUCCCUGUAUUGUCAUUGAAGUCACGUUACUAAUGCCUUGCCCUCCAUAGAGGUGAGAUACAUUGAAUCCCCCAUCGUCCUUUGUAUGCUAACCUUUUCUGUACCUGAGGACUGAAACCCCCUCGGCUGCUGCUUCUCCAACCUAUAAGUAAUCCACUUCCUUUUACUGUUUCUCGUUAAGUCCUACACUUACCUCUUAAUUGUUCCGGGUGCUCUUGUCUGGCUCUUCUGAACUACCGUGCCCUCCUCAGAUUGAAUAGGAUUCAUACUCAUGGUGUGUCUCAUUAAAAUAAAGUAGAAUUUCAGACACGUUCUCGUUCUACCCUAUAACUUCUCUGGUUCUUAUUUAGAACAUGACUAGUAUGCUGGCAUAUUUUAUGCCUCCCAACCCCACACUUCAAUAUAAUAUUAUAUAAUAAUAGUUUUCUAAAACUUUAAGGGGGUAGGGAAGAAGUGAGGUAGAGACUGGAAACAUUUAAUAUUUCUAAGACCAGUUGGACUCUGUAGGCCUGCUUUAGAUCAGAUAGUCACCUCAGUCCAGACCAACACCUCCAGGUCUGUUUAUUAAAUAUACCAGGCUCUUUCUGAGGCUUCUAGUCCCUCUUCAGAGGAUCAUAAACCUCACUGUAGAGCCCUGAGUAAUUUAUACAACUCUGCAGCUCACUGAGUGAAAGUGGAAAUAUUUACAGAAAUUUCCAAUCCAGAACACCAUUUUUGUUUUCCUCAUUUACCUGUUUGAAAAAUCUUUUUGAUACCCCCCUAGCACUAGCCCAAUAAGUAUUGAAGGAAGAGUUCAGAUAGGGAGAUAGUUAACUCAUUUAUGAACAUUUCAGAUGAAACCUAGGAAUUUGGUCAUCCAAGGCUGACUGCUUCAGGAUGAGGCCAGUGACAUUUAUACCCUUAAUAUGUAGAUAUCUAGGGUGGCUUUGCUUGGGGAGGGAGAAGUCGUAAGGUUAAUGGAAAGAUAACCAGAGUCAGGGCUGUAUGUAGAUUCUUCUUUUGAUCUUAUCUCUGCUUUCCUUUGUCAAAUGCUCUCUUAUUUGAAAACAUCUGGAGAUAAUAUUUUUCCUUUGAGUAUGUUUGAAUCUUUUGAAACUUGUUCAACAAAGUACCAAGGAGGGUAGGCAGUGGAGAGAGCAACCCAACUUAUGAUGCCAGUAGAUAGGGUGUGGCCUAGUGGAAGGCAGAUGACUCAGGUAAACAUUGAUAAAUGUUUCUGAUUGACAUUUGUUAGAAAUGUUAUGAUGAUUCACGUCUCAGUAGGUUGAUUUCCUCUGUGUUAUCUGAAUUAUAGUCUUCUAUUUGUAGGUGGAGUUUCUGCUGGUAGCGUGCCUAGCACAGUAAGAUGUGUGUGGUGCCAGUGGCCGUGUGCUUAUAUUGUGUAAAUAUUCUGGAAUUCCAACUCUAGAGAAGAUGCACAUUAGUAGAAAUGACCACUUAGUAAUAUGGACGCAGGAUUAAUAAUUAUAUAAAGCAUGAUUCAGGAAAGUAGAUGAUUUAUUUAUAAAUAUUUAUUAAGCACUAUAUGUGUGAGGCUAUGUUCUAGGCACAGUGAGGGAUAUGAGAACGAAAAAAGGCCUGGUGUCUGUACUCAAGGAACUUGCAAUAUUAUAGAGAAAGUAUCAUAGCAAGAAGUAAUGCCAGUUAGAUUCAUGUCAAUUACAAAAGGUCACUAACAGUCAUGAGAAAAUCACCUUCACUUGCAAAGGAACUAAAUUGCAUAAAAUCGUAUUGUGUACCUCUGUCUCUCAACCUUCCCCAAUGGCAGGAAAGGAUCAAGACCCAUUCUGUCUCCAGUGGAACAAACUGAUUCUGUUGUCUCGUACCUCUGGGAUCAAGCUGAGGUGAAAUUUGGGUUCCCCUACCUGUAUUCCUAAUUGUAAAUGGGCUGUUUGGACGAGUAUUAA